UUGUUUACCUCCUCGGAAGGCGUCAUCGUGCUGCACGAGUCCGUCCCGAAGCGUGCCCUGAUCCCGUAUAAAAGGAACGACUGAACCUCAGACGGCAUACUGCACCAUGAACUUCCAACUGCUCUCAGUCUUCGCGCUGGCGUGCCUCGCGGCCGUGCUGGUCCACGCCGAGGAGGAGCAGCCCCACCUCUUGGUGAAGCGCUCCGGCAACGGAUGGUUCAAGAGACCCAACAGCCCCACCGAGCGGAAGACCGUCAAGGACAGCGGCAUGGAGAUCCACUUCACCCACGACCCGAAGUCGGGCCAAAGGACCACUGGCACUUGGUCCACGGGAGAGGCAGCCAGGGAUCCCUCGCCCAACGGUCGGCGCGGCCAGCCCAGCUCCGGCGGAGCAGCCAGCACCAGCCAGAAGAAGCCCAAGAAGAAGGGGCACUAAGAAGCAGUCCGUGCCGCCGGCGUGAGGGAAUGCAACGAAUAAACGCCUUGCCCUUUGAAUCCAA